AUGGACCUCAAGGGAUCUCUAGUGGAUACAAAGCUAAAAAUCUACCCAUCAAAGAAAUUGUUUGACUUUUUAAAAACCAUACCUAUUUCAAACAAUACUCCUGUGAAUAUAGCAAAAUUGGUGAAAGGUGAAGAAUUCACAUAUACAAAUAAUAGCGGAUUAGACCGAAAACCAGUAGAUUUUACUUUAAAUGACAAGGACCUUGAAAUCAUAAAGGGAAUAAAAGAAAAUUUGAAAACUAUAGAAACUGACUCUGAUUCAAGUCAAAAUCUGAAUAAAGUUGUUACUAAAAAUGAUGUUGAAAUUACAGAAGAUAAGAAUUUAAAUAGUUCAGAUGUGGAAAAUAAAGAUUUGAACAAGAAAGUAGCUAAAAGUAAAAAUAUAGUUACUAUAGACACAGAAAAUAAAAACUCUCUUGAAAUUGAACCAAAGAAAAAGGGAGAAAAAUCUGAGCGAAUGGAAGAGAGUUUAUAUCUUUCUAACUCAGAUAUAGAUUGGUUAUAUUCUUAUCUUCAGAAAGGGAGAAAUAGUGGUGAAAAAGAUGUACCCUACUUACAUGUACUUUUAGAGGGUGCAGAUAUUGAAUUACCAGAGAAUGUGGUAAUAAAAAGGAAUCCUGUAUUGGAAGAAAGAUGUGUAAAAUUAAGGGCACAGCAAGAAGCUAGAGAAUACAGAAAAAUGACUAAAGGUGUUGAUAAUGUCAGAAUGAGAUUUCCUGAAGACAGUAUAUCUUAUCAGUUGAAACAAAUAAACCGUCACCUAAUUGCAAUUGGUCAAUUUAUCCUCUCGAUAUUUGCUGGAUUUUUGUUUGGAUUCAAAGGAAUAGAGUGGAUGGUUGGGCCUUUAGAAUUUGGGUUCAAGUUACUUCUGGGCAUAAUGUGUUCACUAAUUAUUGCACUUGCUGAAAUAUACUUCCUGGCUAAAAAGUUAAAUGAGGAAUUGAAUGUACCAGAAACUAUACAAUUAGGUGGACCAACCAAAUUUGUCAAUGAACCUACAUGUCACGGACAUAAAAUAAGUUUACAUGACAAAGAACAUAAGGACUAAUAUAUUUAUUUAGUGUACUGUUUUUGUUUCUAAUGUUAUACCCUAUUAUUGUCGAAUAGUGUAUUGGAUAUGUUGUAAUAAAUGGUGAAUUAUUUA